GAAGUGAUGAGAACGCGAUCGAGAAACAAGGUUGUUGUCGAAGGAGCCGGAAGGUUAGAUAUGUGCUGUUCUGGCAGGCGUUGUGUGGCAGCACGCGGUUCCAUGUUGCCUGCAAGUCUGUGAGCUUCGAGAAAACGUGGCUCCAGCCGACCGGAGGCUCUUGAAGUAGCAAAGACAGCUUGGUGACCAUGAAGGAGAAACGUAGCUCAAGCCCCCGCCCGCGUUUCGGCUUUCCUGGAGGUGUUCUUGGACAGCGCUUCCCUCCGAGCACCGACAGCCACGUUAGCAACCGGGAUGUGAACUUGCUAUUUCGAAUACUGAUCCCUAGCUUUGGAGGUAUUAGCGGAUUGUUACUGAAACAACAUAUAGUUCCAAAUUCAAUCAGACUGUGGCAGCUUUCAGGUGGUACUUACUAUUUUAAUACCUCACAGAGGAAGCAGAAGAACAAAGACAAUGAUAAACCCAAAGGCAAGGCUCCUGAAGAUGAUGAAGAGGAGAGGAGACGGAAAGAGCGGGAAGACCAGAUGUAUCGUGAGAGGCUGCGCACCUUGUUCAUCAUUGCUGUUGUAAUGAGCCUGCUGAACUCCCUCAGUACCAGUGGGGGCAGUAUUUCCUGGACUGACUUUGUCAAUGAGAUGCUGGCUAAAGGCGAGGUGCAGCGUGUGCAGGUGGUACCCGAAAGUGAUGUGGUGGAAGUCUAUCUGCAUCCUGGAGCCGUGGUGUUUGGGCGGCCUCGGCUAGCCUUGAUGUACCGGAUGCAGGUUGCAAAUAUUGACAAAUUUGAAGAGAAGCUUCGAGCAGCUGAAGAUGAGCUGAACAUCGAGAGCAAGGACAGGAUUCCUGUUUCCUACAAGCGGACAGGAUUCUUUGGAAAUGCCCUCUACGCCCUGGGGAUGACAGCAGUAGGCUUGGCCAUCCUGUGGUAUGUUUUCCGACUGACUGGGAUGACAGGAAGGGAAGGCGGAUUCAGUGCUUUCAAUCAGCUUAAAAUGGCACGUUUUACCAUCGUGGAUGGGAAGACAGGGAAAGGAGUCAGCUUCCAAGAUGUGGCAGGAAUGCAUGAAGCCAAACUAGAAGUCCGAGAGUUUGUGGAUUAUCUGAAGAGCCCAGAGCGUUUCCUUCAGCUUGGUGCCAAGGUUCCAAAGGGUGCCCUGUUGCUGGGACCCCCUGGUUGUGGGAAGACGUUGUUGGCCAAAGCAGUAGCCACUGAGGCUCAGGUGCCCUUUUUAGCAAUGGCUGGCCCGGAGUUUGUGGAAGUCAUUGGAGGCCUGGGAGCUGCCCGUGUGCGAAGCCUCUUCAAGGAAGCCCGAGCCCGGGCCCCUUGCAUAGUGUACAUUGAUGAGAUCGAUGCUGUGGGAAAGAAGCGGUCCACCUCCAUGUCUGGCUUCUCCAACACAGAGGAAGAACAGACCCUUAACCAGCUCCUGGUUGAGAUGGACGGAAUGGGCACCACAGACCAUGUCAUCGUCCUGGCUUCCACGAAUCGAGCUGAUGUUUUGGACAAUGCUCUGAUGAGGCCUGGUCGACUCGAUAGGCAUGUCUUCAUUGAUCUUCCCACUCUUCAGGAAAGGCGGGAGAUUUUCGAGCAGCACCUGAAAGGCCUGAAGUUGACCCAGCCCAGCAGCUUUUACUCCCAGCGGCUGGCAGAGCUGACACCAGGAUUCAGUGGGAAGAGCCAGCACCCCCCCCAUCCCUGCCUGUGGUUUGUGUUGACAGGCGCAGACAUCGCCAACAUCUGCAAUGAGGCUGCACUGCACGCUGCACGGGAGGGGCACACAUCUGUCCACACGUUCAACUUUGAGUACGCCGUGGAGCGAGUCAUUGCUGGAACUGCUAAAAAGAGUAAGAUCCUUUCCAAGGAGGAGCAGCGAGUAGUUGCCUUCCAUGAGUCUGGCCACGCCCUGGUCGGUUGGCUGCUAGAACACACAGAGGCUGUGAUGAAGGUCUCCAUAGCACCUCGAACAAAUGCUGCUCUGGGCUUCGCUCAGAUGCUCCCUCGGGACCAGUACCUCUUCACCAAGGAGCAGCUGUUUGAGCGGAUGUGCAUGGCACUAGGCGGUCGUGCAGCUGAGGCCAUCUCGUUCAGCAGGGUUACCUCUGGGGCCCAGGAUGACUUGAGGAAGGUUACCCGCAUUGCAUACUCCAUGGUGAAGCAGUUUGGGAUGGCACCUAGCAUUGGGCCUGUCUCCUUCCCCGAGGCACAAGAGGGUCUUGUGGGCAUUGGACGGCGUCCCUUCAGCCAGGGCCUCCAGCAGCUGAUGGACCAUGAGGCAAAACUGCUGGUGGCCAAAGCCUACAGACACACUGAGAGGGUGCUGCUGGACAACCUGGACAAGCUGCAGGCGCUGGCGAAUGCCCUUCUGGAAAAGGAAGUGAUAAACUAUGAGGACAUUGAGGCCCUCAUUGGCCCACCGCCCCAUGGGCCAAAGAAAAUGAUCGCACCACAGAAAUGGAUUGAUGCUGAAAAGGAGAAACAGGCCUCGGGGGAGGAGGAGGCAGCUCCGGCUCCAUAGCCCCCCCCUCCAAGGCCCAGCUAACCACUUUCCUCGACUGCACCUGCAGUUAUCUCAGAACUUGUCAGCCAGCUGCCAUCAGCCUCCGAGUGUCUUUUCACCUGAAACUUGAACCUCAGCCUCUGUUAGCUCUCUGGUUUCUGGUGAAGACUUCCAGUAUGUAUUUAUUGAUUCAGGAUUAGUAAAUCGUUUGCAGAGACAACUGA